CGUUACGCCAAAAUGGACUCCAGCGGUAUCUCCUUGUCACAUCAGCAUCUGGAAAGAGUUCCAGACGCGAUGAAUUUGAUGUCCUACAAGGCGCUCGUCAAGUACAAGACCAUGGACGACGCUCCAGACGAAACGCUUUUUCAGAUCGUCAGCUAUUGCGACAAAAGAACCUUACUCGUACUGGCGACAGUGAACAAGCGCCUCAGUGCCAUCACCAUGCUCCUCAUUUGGCGAGAUCUGCCGUCACCAGCACCCCUCAUGCGCUUGGUGCCAAACUACUUCAGCAUGCAAAAGAUUCCUAGCCAAUCGUGUGAUUUACCCUAUCUCGAACGCGAACGAGCUCGUUGCAUGGUUCCAACUUCCCUUGCGGAUGAUGGUCCACCUCCGAACCUUUCCAAGGACUAUCCUCGAGUACUGCACUUCGCCUCUCUUGUCAGGACACUCCUGUUGUAUCCCAUCGACGGUCUCUGUUACUACGUCGCUCAGCAUGGACAAGCGACGACUGCGCAGCAUAUCACGAUGCUUGUCACCUGGGGCGCCUUCAACCUGUUUGCGCAAUCGCUGGCGCUGCUCCCCGAUCGUCCAUUCAAACGUCUGCAACAUCUCGAGGUCAACAGCAUCAAGGAAGCGACAUUUCAGGGCCGACUAUUGUCCCGCUUCAUCAGCCCGUCGACCACCACCCUGGUAACGCAUUGCCCUGUCUCUCAAAUGGGAGCAGUUGUAUACGGCUCCGCCAUCCAGUCGCUCAGCUAUCGCGAACAACCUCUCUUCUACGGCGAAGUUGCCCCCCACGUCGACGUUCUUCAUAAACCCUCCCUCGCCAUCUUCGCUCAGAUGCCGAACUUCCUCCGUGAACUCGUGCUCUAUCUUCAUUACGGGCGAGGACUGGGUGCCUUUCUCCGUCGUGGUGCCCAUACGCUUCGCGUCCUUGACAUCGAGAUCGGCAAACUGGUUGAUAGAACCACCGACUAUGGCCUCCGACGCCUCCAGCAGCUUACUGUGAGGAACUCGUCCGCCGCGUUUGCGCGCUCUCUCGUUGGCUCUCCGUCUCUUGAGCAAAUACAUCUCAGUGGCCUCGUCGUAGGCGACUCGUCGGAGAUGCGCACCAUCUUCACAAGACUCGGUAGAGAGUGCUUUCCGACGGUCCUCCACGUUGUACGUGUUCAAGAACGUUUUCCUUCGCGCGGGUCGACUUCGUGGAACGUAUCUCUGCUCGACCUCGCUCCUUUGCUUCCCUUCGUCGGCCUCACUCGACUCGAGAUCUGCGCGUCUGCCGACAUUGUGCUCUGGGACGCGGACUACGAUUCUUUUGUGCCCUCCUGGCCGAACCUGCGCGUCUUCAAGCUCCAGUCCUAUGACGCGAGCUCCCGCCCACCGUCUCUGCAGCAGCCGGUGGCGUCUCUCGCCGCGCUCAUCCCCUUCGCCGUCUCAUGCCAUCAGCUGCGGGAGCUGAGCCUGCCGCUGCACGUCGACGCCGUCCCGGAGCUGCAGUCAGGACUCGCGCUCGGGGAGUGCUGCUUGACUACGCUCGACCUAGGAACUCGGUCUGUGAUGGGGGUCGAGGUGGACCCUAUGGCCGUCGGUGGCUUUCUGCGCGCCCUCUUCCCGGUCCUCUUCGACCUCGACAUCACGCCCAAGGGCGAGGACGUCGAUACCUAGGCCGAGGUGGUUAGCGCCAUGCGAGCUUAGGGACCUAGCUUGUUCUUCGUGCGUGAUGGCCUCUUUUUAGCGUCGGUAUGAUGCUCAUCGAGUCGUAGCCCGCCGUUCUCGCCGCAUAGUCGCCGGUUGCAUCCCAGUUUACCCCUCAAUCGUCUAGUACCGUGACAUCCGUCGAACUCAGUCUCGUAUUCCGCCGUCUCGUCAUCGCGAUACCUCCGCUGUACCCUCUUCAUUGGACUUUAUGGCCGUAGCUUGGACCUUCCGCCCCGUCCCUUCGCUCUUCUACUCGUGUAUCGUACCUCCUCGCCACAUGUAUCCUAGACCCGUCCCUCGCGAUACCCUGAACCAUUCGCGAUACCUUGUACCAACUGCCAUGUCUACAAAUAUAGCGCUUGCCUGUUUGUGUGUC